GGAAAAACACUGAAAAUCCAAAACUAACAAUUAUAAAAUUGAUUUUGCGAAAUUUGGAGAGAGUGAGAGAUAGUUUAUAGCCAAAUCCAAUGCGUCUCGAAUUUCGGAGAUAUUUAGAGAGUGUAGAUUUUAGAUUAUAGAGAUAUUAAUGGCAGAGCAGAGUGAUUUCGUCUGCGUUGAUAUUGAGCCGGAUCUUCUCGCCGGGAAGGAACAUAUUGUGAAAACUAGCUACGGCUCUUUGUCGGUUGCUGUUUUUGGAGACUGGGACAACCCAGCACUAAUUACUUACCCCGAUUUAGCAUUAAACUAUGUGUCUUGUUUCCAAGGUCUCUUUACUUGUCCAGAAGCAUUUUCUCUUCUUCUCCAGAACUUCUGUAUCUAUCACAUAAGCCCUCCUGGGCAUGAGCUAGGAGCUGCAGUAGCUGGGAAGGAUGAACCUUCAUUAUCUGUUGAUGACUUAGCUAAUCAGAUUGCUGAAAUCCUUGACUACUUUAGAGUUGAUAAGGUUAUGUGCCUGGGCGUGACAGCUGGAGCUUAUAUACUUACCUUGUUUGCUAUAAAGUAUCCAAAACGAGUAAUAGGUUUGAUUCUUGUUUCUCCUCUAUGCAAAGCAUCAUCGUGGAAGGAGUGGUUAUCCAAUAAGGUGAUAUCAAACUUGCUAUAUAUGUGUGGCAUGUGUGGUUUGGUUAAGGAGGUGUUGCUCAUGCGUUACUUCAGCAAGGAAGUUCGCACCAGCACAGAUGUACUAGAAUCAGACAUCAUUCGAUCAUGUAGAAGAUUGUUGGGAGAGAGACACGGCUCAAAUGUUCAUCGGUUUCUUGGAGCUAUCAAUAGGAGAUGGGAUAUUACACACGGCUUGAGGAAACUACAGUGUCGAUCCUUGAUUUUCGUUGGAGAACACUCCCCUUUCCACCAUGAGGCUCUCCACAUGAUAUUGAAGCUAGACAGGAGAUUUAGCGCAUUGGUUGAGGUUCAAGCAUGUGGAUCAGUAGUUACAGAAGAAAAACCGGAUGCAAUGCUGGUUCCUUUGGAAUACUUUCUCCUCGGCUACGGCUUCUGCAGACCAUCUCGAUUCAGUGUAAGCCCGAGAGGCCCGUUGAGCCCUACUAGCAUUUCACCCGAGCUUUUCUCACCCGAAAGCAUGGGGUUAAAGUUGAAGCCAAUAAAAACCAGAAUCCAGAAAGAAGUAUGAGGUCGAGCAAGAUCAAAAGCAAGUUUCUAAUGGUUUUUAAGUAUUCAUUUGGUUGGAAGAUAAUUGAUGAAAUAUAUAGGCUGAAAGAAUUACUCCAAAAUGCUUGGAUAAAAUAUACAAGUAGGAAAUCCAGAUUUUUUUGGAUUUAUUAUGUGAAGCUGGGACCUUUAUUGCAAGAUGGUGUUUGAUUAUGUAAAUGCACCAUUUUGCAACAGAGGACCCAAAAUAGAUUAGGAAUUACUCUUUGUAUUGUUUGUGAUGCCUAUUGUAAAGCAGAGAGUAAAUAAUAAAUGGUGGGAUAAUUUUCCAUUCAA